GAUUUUUGAAUAUCUUGUGUUGUGUCAGCACUGAAAUACGUAGGAAUGCAACAGGUGUAAAAUACGGUUGUUUAUUUAAAAUUAUCUCAACUUCGACGAAACUUCUAAACCUUUUUUUUUUUUUAAAUGGCGACAUUAUCCCACAGUUAUAUGCCUGAUUAUUUUUCCUUGACAGAUAUUUUGUGUACUGAAGAACGAAUAUCGUGCAAAGUCGAGGUUACGUUACCUCGUUUGGGUUUCCUUGAUCUGUCCUCUGAAUCUGAGGAUUUAAAAAUUGGUACAAAGUUGGAGCUUCCACUGUGGCUGGCACAGCCGCUGAAUAUAGCAAGAGAAUCAAUAGUCAGUGUAGACAUACCUAAAACAUACAAGGAAGGCUACAGGGAAAUUCUAUUAGCAGAUGCUUGUACCGUUGUACUAAAUAAAUGGAAUCCAUAUUAUUAUGAACUAGGAAUGUACUUAAAAAAAUUCAAUAAUCGUGAUAGUGAAAUGAUAAUUGACAGUUUAUUACUGACCUUCAGAUCACGAUUUAGAUUAGUUAUGGACUGGGCGCAAAAUCCUGUUUCCGACCCUACACUUAAUAGUUUACUACCAAGAUUAGAGAGAGAUUUAUUUCUUGCAGGUAGGAAAGCCAAGUUACAAUUAAAUGAUUAUUUAAGGAAAGGUUCGAGUGUUAUCGAAACUUCACAGAGUGCAGUAAAUCUUAAGAAACGUAAACGAACAGAUUAUGAACUUAAUUAAAAUUAUAGAAAAUUUGUAAUAGAAUAAUAUUAAAGUCUAAUAAUUACAAUACUUGAGCAACGUAAUGCAACAUUUUAUACAGAUUAUUGCACAAUGUGAGAAUGAGACAUUUAUAUUUAUAUUAUAAUAUUAAAUAAAAUUUAUUAUCUUA